UUCAUAACGUGCUGGUCACGUUACAGAAGAAGAUCACCAUCUCCAACUUUUACAUACAAUCACAUGUCUUUGACUAUCGUCAUAUGACGCUGCUACUAAUGUUUUAAAAAGUUUUGUUGGUGAGAUGGUUUAUUUUAACCUCUGUGAAUUCCCCAAGUAAUGCACUGGCUCCCACCAUCGCCAGUUGGCGAUACCAGGAAGUAGACAGCCCCAUUUGCGGUGGUGUCUUUCUAGUUCCGGGGCACUUGACUCGCGUUUAGCCCCGGCUUUGGAGUCACGGCGGCGGGCUUCAUGAUCAACAAGCUUGCCGCUGCCCUGCUUCCAUUUCACCGACGCCUGCUUUCUGCCUCGUCGUCGGCGGCUUGGACCCAGGCUCGCCGCCGCUUCGGCAGCAUGGAGACGGCCGCGGUGAGAUGCGUCGCCGGGGAGCCCCAGCUGACCAUCUCGUUCCGCAUGGACGGCAGCCAGAAACACAUGCAGCGGGAGCAGGACGAGCCGCUGGGGAAGGUCCUGUCCCGCAUCGCCUGCAAUUUCGCCAAGGGCAAAAACAAGGCGAAGAAGAAAAAGAGGAGCGCCCCGGAACCCGCAGCGGAGCCCGCCGUGGUCAAGCUAUACGUGGACGGUGGCGAAGUUCCUGGGACGGUGCUCAACGUGGAGGCGUGGCGUGAUGGAGCAGUACUGCAGGUGGGCGACGUUCGCUACUCGGUUCGCCGGAACGAGCCCACCUUCACUACCGCCGAGCUGCCGCUUUCGCUGCUGGCCGGCUUCCCCGUGUGUCCCAAGCUGGAAGUGGAGUUCGGAGAGUUGGACCACUGCGAGUUUACGUGGUAUAAGGAGACGGAGCCAAUCCAGAACAGUGUGGAGGGUGCCGGGGACGCGGACUCUCCGGACCGGUCCUGGACCGAAUCGGGGCGCUCCCGCGUCUACGUUCCCUCCAACCACGACAUUGGGCGGCGGCUAAAGCUGCGCUGCACACCCAAAGACGGGGACGGGCGCGCAGGGCCACCCACCGAGCUCUUCUCAGCCGGCUCGGUGGAGGCCGGGCCGGGCGUGUGCACCUUCGACGAGCGCCACGCCUACACGGCUGAGGAGGCAAUGUGGCCGCAGCUGCGGACCGUGUCCUACAACAUCCUGGCCGACGUCUAUGCGCAGACAGAGCUGUCCAAGACGGUGCUUUACCCUUACUGCCCCCCCUAUGCCCUGCAUCUGGAUUACAGGCAGAACUUGAUCAAGAAGGAACUGGCCGGGUAUCGCGCUGAUGUGGUCUGUCUGCAGGAAGUGGACAAAGGAGUGUUUUCAGACAGCCUGAUUCCUGCUCUUGAUGCCUUUGGCAUGGACGGUGUUUUUAAGAUUAAAGACAAGCAACACGAAGGGUUGGCCACUUUCUACCGCAGGACAAGAUUCAAACUGUUGAGUCGCCACGACAUCACUCUAAGCGAGGCGCUGACAUUGGACCCGCUCCACACAGAGUUACUGGAGAAAGUCUCGACAGACGAUGCCCUAAAAGAAAAGAUCCUGAAGCGCUCCACUGCCUUGCAGGUUAGCGUUUUGGAAGACCUCCAAGCAGGCAGAAAGGUGUGCGUGGCCAACACACAUCUUUAUUGGCACCCUAAAGGAGGGAAUGUGCGUUUGGUCCAGAUGGCCGUGGCUCUGCGGCACCUGAGUCACGUGAUCGGCCAGCUCCAAUCGGGAGCUCCGUUGCUCUUCUGCGGUGACUUCAACUCCUCGCCCAACUCUGGCGUCCUCCAGCUGGUCACCGAGGCGGCGGUCUCCCGUCACCACGCCGACUGGCAUGGCUCAGAGGAGGAUUCGCCGGCAUCUCCGUGGGCUGCUGACUUGACUUCACCGUUCCCGCCGCUGCUGAGCGCGUGCGGGCCACUGGCCUACACCAACUAUGUGGGCGGCUUUCAAGGCUGCCUGGACUACAUCUUCAUCCAGCCGCCGAGCAUGCGGGUGGAGCGGGUGGUCCCCAUGCCGGACCACCGCUUGGUCACCGCCUACACGGCGCUGCCCAGCGUGGCUCAUCCGUCGGAUCACAUCGCGCUGGUUUGUGACCUCCGCUGGGAAUGACAGAUCGCUGAUAAGUCAUGCCAUUUUUGAUUGCUUUUGUUUAUUUAUGGUUUUCUUGUGCAACAUACGGGAUAUGGAAACUUAUUGCAUUCAGUGAAAGAAAAAAAAAAAGCCAGACAGUUUUUUCUGAACUUAUUUUGGGAUGUUUUUUUUUUCCUCAUUUUUCUGCCAUCUUUUUCUGGUUUUCUGAAUUUUUGUCCCAGAUUAUUAUUAUUUAAAAAAAAUAUUUUUCCAAAUAUCUCUGUUAUACCCCGUCUCCUGCCCGUUGUUACCUGGGAUAGUUCCAGAACUCCUGUAAUGAGGACAAGCGGUUCAGAAGAUGAAUGAAUGAAUCUUCUAAACUAUUGUUUUGCCGUUUUUUUUUUUUUUUUUUUUUGGCUUUUUCCAAGAAAUUCUUGUCUUUUUCCUGACUAAUUUUUUAGUUUUUCUGACUGACUGAAUUUCCGAUCUCUUUUUUUCUAUUUUUAUGAAUGUUUUUAUUUUUCUGAGUUCAGUAAAAAUAUCAAGGUUUUAAAGAUUAUUAAAAUGGGGGAGAUUCUCUAGAAACAGUACAAACCAGUACAGAAAAAUCUAAAGAAUACACUACACAAAAUAGAGAAAAAUUAUAGAAUAUUUUUGGGGAGGAGGAGUGGGAAGAAAUAUAUACUUCAACUAAGAAAACCCCCAAAAUGAAUUAUGCAAAAAAAUCUGCUUAGAUUUAUCAAAGUGGAUUCUGUGAUCAUAAAAAAUCAUGUUUUUUUUCAAGUGUAAUUAUUUUAGUUUUUUAAUUAACUGAGUUAAUAAAGAUAUUAUC